AUGGCGACCGCAGGGAUAGUGAUGAGGAAGACGAAGCAGAUUGCGAGGCGGUCGAGCAAGUACCUGGAGGAGGUGCUGUACAGGCGGCUCUUCAGGGAGGGCAGCGCGGAGGCCAGCGUGAAGAAGGAGCUUGACGGGUUCCUCAAGAGUCGCAAGCGCGUCUUCAAGUGGGAAGUCGGCGUGUCUCUCCGCAAGCUCAGAAGCCGCCGACGAUACCGCCCCGCUCUCAAGGUAAGUGGAUCGAGCAGAUGUGUUGAUUCGGGAUAUGUCCAUGAACAGUAUGAUCUGUUUCUGAGCGGAUUCAUUGCUAAACUUUUUUCAUUUACGCCAGAAAAAAACGAAAAAAAAUUGCGCUUUGCUACUCCCAGUUUGCCGUUGGAAUUUUUAUACUUAUUUAUUUAUUCGCGCUUCCAAGACGAUAUUUUACUAUGCAGUGCUUUCUCUGGGAUUUUGGUUUUUCUAUUUCAAAUCCAAAUUCAAAACAUCUUAAGCUUUAAUUUAAAUGAUUCUCUGAAAAUGUGAGGUUCUAUGCAUUGAAUUCUUCUCUCCGUGACCUUAGGGGAAUCAGUUGUAGGAGUUGCAUUUUCUCUGUCUUUUGAAAGAAGACCUAGAAGUAAUAAAGAAGUUCGGAUCCAGGAAACUAUUCUCAUUCGGUCUCUUCUAUGAGUACCACAGAAUGAAGAAGAAUUUAUAUCAUCUCGUAUACGUAUACUUUUGAGAGAAGGUAAAAGAGAAACACCUAAAUAUUUCUACCAGAGCAGAACAUUCUUUAUUUAUGUGUUAAACCUGUUCUCUUGAUGUCCUACAACGACAACAAUUUUGGGACAUCAUUUUUAUGGAACUAUGAGAAUGGACAACGACAUGAAGAGGGAUUCUACUAUUAAAAUAUUAUUUCAAUUGUAUAACCUGAAGUAAUGGAAAAUACCAAAGCUUAUGCUAAAAUUGCUACUAGCAGUGAAUCUUGGGAACUGCUAAUGAUGUAGUUGGCAUCGCAGCGUUUGCUGGACUACAUUCGACUGAGAGAUCUGAUAAGUAGGAAGCUGAAGGCCUUGCUGCAUGUAAUCUGGUGGUUUCAGUGUGCCAAGCCCUUUGAUCUCUUUUAUAUGGAGGAUUUUGGGCCAUGUACCUCAGAAGGUUGGAACGGUUGUGAUGUCGGUUUCCAACAGGCUUCAAUGAAGAGGAGAUGUUAGGUGAUAAAUGAAGAAAGGGUGGCAUGCUUGGAUGGGAUGGGAGGACAUCAACCAUCUUGGACUAGAAGUGUGCUCUCUGUGAAUUUUUUUGACAAUGGAGGUCUAUGAAGUCAUUCGAAGGAGAAGUUUUUUACAAUCAUCAAGCAUCUUGUAAGGAUAAGGUGUCCUGGUGUGAUCCCCCCUUCCCUCUCUUAUAAUUUAAAUUGUUAAGUUGGUUGGGUGCGUUUUUUUUUUAAAAUCUACUGUUGUGGCUUCCAUUGUUUUUAUGUGUACUGGUGGUAUUGUUCCUGUCCCUCUCCAUGGCACUUUCCACUUUCCCCUUUCCUAAUAAUAUUAGUUCCUCAGUUAGUUGGGUGCGGCUAUGCUUUCUUUCUUCCGAUGGAUUCUAUUAUAUUAUUUGAAAUUCAGUCUACAGGGGUUGUGAUGAAAAAGUUCAUUUUUGUGUAUUUAUAUCUGAGGUUAUUUCGCUGCUUUCCUUCUUUUCAGUAUCUGUAGUUGCAGUGAAACAUAUAAUGAGAGGGAGGAUUCCAUGACUCUAAGAAGACAUAGUUACCUUAAGAAUUUACCUCAGUUGAUUAUUGCCACGUUCAUGUCAUACUCAAGGUACAGUAAUUUUGUGCCAGAAUGGAAAAAUGGUGCUCUGUGCAGUCAUGGAUUGGGUUAGUCAUGUACUUAAGCUAUCUAUAUUCUCCUCUAGGCCAUUUUCUCAAUUAUUGGAUACUUCAUGAUCAUAAAAUAUUUACAUACUCUGACGACCAAAAUUGAUGUCACCGACAUGGUUACCAACAUGGCUCCACCAGUUCCAAUUUAUACGUAUUAGGUUAAGAAUAGUUAGCCGAAAAACCCUCAAUUGUAAGCAUUAGAUAGAUGCCCUUUGACCAAACAAUCUUUCUGAUUGUACUUAUAAAGGAGGGACCCUGAAUCUUCAGUAUCUAGCUCACCAAGUCAAAGGUUAUAUUAUGCAUUUCAGACUAAAUGGGUCUGCAGUGUUGAUGGUGAACCCAAUGUCGGUUCCCCUUUGCUAUUUCUCUUUCCACUUCCCAGUGCCCAUGGGCUUUGCCUCACACCAUCUCAUCGAUCUACUAGCCAAAUUUUCAAGUGAUGUAUAGUUUUAUCCUUGAUCUCUCACAGUAUGAUCGCCUCUGCUGCAGCUUUCAGAGGUGAUGUCCAGAAGAGGCAUGAACUUGACUCCCAGCGACCACGCAAUACGCCUUGACCUCAUCGCAAAGUCAAGGGGAAUCGCCUCUGCCGAAGAGUACUUCGUGAACCUUCCAGAACCUGCUAAAAACCACCUUGCCUAUGGCUCCCUCCUCAACUGCUACUGUAAGGAGCUCAUGACUGAAAAAGCCGAAGCCCUCAUGGAGAAGAUGAAGGAGCUGAGGUUCAACACGAGCGCAAUGUCCUACAACAGCCUGAUGACUCUUCACACCAAAACCCACCAUCCAGAGAAGAUCCCGAGCAUCAUCCAGGAGAUGAAGGGUGCUGACGUCAUGCCCGACUGCUACACCUACAAUGUGUGGAUGCGGGCCCUCGCCGCCAUGCAGGACAUCCCCGGUGUAGAGAGAGUUGUGGAGGAGAUGAGGAGAGAUGGUCGCGUCAGCGCUGACUGGACCACCUACAGCAACCUGGCGUCGAUCUAUGUGGAGGCCGGAUUGUUCCAGAAGGCUGAGGUGGCACUCAAGGAGCUGGAGAAUCGGAAUGGGGCCCGCGACUUGGGAGCCUACCAGUUCCUCAUCACGCUCUACGGCCGGACGGGGAACCUCGUUGAAGUCCACCGGAUCUGGCGAUCAAUCAAGCUCGCCUUCCGUAAGAUGGCUAACAUCAGCUACUUGAACAUGAUACAGGUCCUGGUCAACCUCAAGGACCUACCUGGCGCAGAGGCCUGCUUCAAGGAGUGGGAGUCCAGCUGCUCCAAUUAUGACAUCCGGGUGGUCAACGCCCUCAUAAGAGCCUACACCAAAGAGGGAAGGAUCAACGAUGCUGAGGACAUCAGGAAGCGAGCAAAAGUCAAAGGGGGGCGACUCAAUGCCAAGACCUGGGAGAUUUUCAUGGACUAUUACCUGGUCAGAGGCGAGAUGGGGCCCGCCCUUGACUGUGCUGAUAGAGCGGUCAAGAAGGGGCGGAGCCAAGGGAGGGAGUGGGAUCCACCGGCUGGGGCGGUUGACUCGCUGAUGGCCCACUUUGAGGAGCAAAAGGACGUGGCCAGUGCGGAGAAGCUUAUUGGGCUGGUGAAGUCGGUGAGGCGGCGGCUGGAGGCGGAGCUGCUCGAGUCCCUGAUCAGGGUGUAUGCCGCCGCCGGCAAGGCCUGCCCGGGGAUGCGGCAGAGGCUGAAGAUGGAGGGAGUUGCAGCCAGCGAGGCCACCGAGAGGCUGCUUCUCGAUGUGGUAUGCCCUGAAUGA